AUGGCUACUAUAAGCUCUGGGAGUUGCCUGUGUGGCAAAUGCACCUAUAGCUACACUGACAAGCCUGUCAUGAAGGCAAUUUGCCAUUGUCCUCCGUGCAAGAAGAUUUCUGGUGGUACCAAUACCCUUAACUUUGCCGUUUUGGACCAGAACUUUACUCUUACGAAAGGCAACCCUACGUCAUUCUCAAUCGACCACGAAUAUGGAAUGAUUGUCACGGUAUCCUUUUGUCCGGGGUGCGGAAAUACAUUGUGGAAAGAGGCAACUGGUGAGGGGAUGAAGGGAAUGAAGUUGAUCCAAGCGGGGACGCUUCAGGACACCUCGAAACUCAACGAUAAUAUUGACGCGGAAUUUUAUGUCGAGAGAAGAGUAUCGUGGCUGGCUCCUCUUCCUGACGUUGCGCAGAAAAAGGAGUUUUAA